CUUAUCGGAGCAAAUCCCUGGAGACCAAGUUGGCGGCUUCCGCCCCUGGGGGCUGGCCGGGGGGAGGAAGAGGGCAGUCAGGAAACAGGGAAAGUGAGGACCCUUAUUCUACCUGAGAGUCGAGAGAGGGCCAUGAGUGUGCCCCCAGAGACCUGAAAUUGGACUUCCAAAGGGGGAUCCCCCCUUUUACACACACACACACCCACUUUCUUCCUCUUCCUCCUCUGGCACACUUUCUCUUCUCUGUUGUCGUCAGAGAUCCAGGGAGGGACCCAAGACAAGCAGAGAAGCCGGAAACUGCAGGCAGAAGCCGCCGUGGCUGGUACUGAAGAGGAAGACCUGGGAAGAGUUGGGGGUUUUUAAUCAAGGGGGGGUACCCUAACAAGGGAGGCCCCCCCAACUCGCUGGACAGAGUCACAAGCCCAUGGGGCCUGGCAGUGUCCACUGAGAGAGGGAGAAGACACCAAAGGGGUUGCCAAAGGCCAACCUCCUAAUCCUCAGACUAUGUCUCUCUGGAGUCUAGUUGCCAAGAUGCCCCCAGAAAAAUUCCAGGGGCUAUUUGUACAGUUUCCCCAACGACUAAGGCAUCUCCUGGGGGAUUGGCUGGAGAACCAACCCUGGGAGUUCCUAGGUGGCUCUGAUGCCUUCUCCUGCCAGAUAGCUAGCGCCUUGCUUUCCGAAACUGUCCAGCAGUUGAAGGCUGCAGCUGGAGAACAAGGAGAAGGAAGAACAACCAUGCAGCACAUCAAUAACAUAGAGAGUUUAUACCAGAGAGACCCCCUGAAGCUGGUGGCCACUUUCCGGCAGAUUUUACAAGGAGAGAAAGUAGCAGUCAUGGAACAGUUCCAUCACCUUCCUCUUACUUUCCAUUGGAAGCAAGAGGAGCUCAAGUUUAAUAUGGUGCUUCGAAGGCUGCAGCACCAUGUGGGAGAUAUCAGAGCCCUUCGGGAGACCCUGCAGCAGGGAAGGGACCCAGGACAAGUCCCUCCAGCAUGUCUACAGAACAUGAUAGAGAAACCAACCAAUGGAACAAGUUCCAGUGAGUCAUUGACAAGGUUACUGCAAGAGACGGUCCGGGAGCUGGAGGGGGCCCAAGCCCUGGUGCUGAAGAAGAUCCAGAUCUGGAAGCGGCAGCAGCAGCUGGCAGGGAACGGGGCACCCUUUGAUGAGAGCCUUGCAUCCCUUCAAGAGAGGUGUGAGAAUCUGGUGAACAUUUAUUCCCAACUGCAGCAGGAGGUGGGGGGGGCCGCUGGGGAGCUGGAGCCCAGUGUCCAGGCUGCACUGAACGGCCGGCUGGAUGAUGUCCUUCAGACUCUGGUUACCAGGUCCUUCCUGGUAGAGAAGCAGCCUCCCCAGGUGCUAAAGACACAGACCAAGUUCCAGGCUGGGGUUCGGUUUCUUCUGGGAUUUCGGCUCCUGGGAACUCCAGCCAAGACACCCCUGGUCCGGGCAGAUAUGGUGACUGAGAAGCAGGCCAGGGAGCUGAAUCAUCCCCAGGGGUCAGGGGCCGGGGUGGAAAGCACCGGAGAAAUCACCAACAACACGGUGCCUCUGGAGAACAGCAUCCCAGGGAACUGCUGCUCUGCACUCUUUAAGAACUUGUUACUGAAGAAGAUCAAGCGCUGUGAACGGAAGGGCACAGAAUCUGUAACAGAAGAGAAGUGCGCUGUCCUUUUUUCUACCAGUUUCACUCUAGGACCCAACAAUCUCACUUUCCACCUUCAGGCUCUAUCCCUUCCCUUGGUUGUCAUUGUCCAUGGGAACCAGGACAAUAAUGCUAAAGCCACUAUUCUAUGGGACAAUGCCUUCUCAGAGAUGGACCGGAUACCAUUCAUGGUGGCUGAGAGGGUACCCUGGGAGAAGAUGUGUGAAACUUUAAACCUCAAAUUCAUGGCAGAGGUGGGGACAAGCCAGGGCCUGCUCCCUGAGCAUUUCCUCUUUCUGGCCCAGAAGAUUUUUAAUGACAACAGUCUUAAUAUGGAAGCUUUCCAGAACCGCACUGUGUCAUGGGCACAGUUCAACAAGGAGAUCCUCCUUGGCCGUGGAUUCACAUUCUGGCAGUGGUUUGAUGGCGUCCUGGAUCUCACCAAGCGUUGCCUGCGCAGCUACUGGUCCGACAGGCUAAUUAUUGGCUUCAUCAGCAAACAGUAUGUCAACAACCUGCUCCAUGGUGAACCAGACGGUACUUUUCUCCUUCGAUUCAGUGACUCGGAGAUUGGGGGCAUUACCAUUGCACACAUCAUUCGGGCCCAAGAUGGUACGCCACAGAUUGAAAACAUCCAACCAUUCUCUGCAAAGGAUCUAUCCAUUAGAUCUUUAGGGGACCGGAUUCGUGACCUAGCUCAGCUUAAGAACCUCUACCCAAAGAAACCAAAAGAUGAGGCCUUUCGGAGCCACUACAAGCCGGAACAGAUGGGCAAGGACGGCAGGGGAUAUGUCCCAGCUACUAUCAAAAUGACUGUUGAGCGGGACCAGCCACUACCUAUUCUGGAGAGCCAGAUGCCUGCCAUGAUGUCCACCUAUGACCUUCAACCCAGUCCUGAGCCAUUUACUACACAGUUCGUAUCAGAAAGGGUUUCCAGGACCCCAGUAUUCCCAGGACACCCUGUACAGUCUCAGUUUCAUGUACAGCCACUGGAGGAGUCCCAUGAAAUGCUGACUAACUUCCAAGAACCACCUUCUGCUUGCAGAUCUUCCCUACAAGUGGAUCUGAUGCCUCCUAGAAUGAGUCAACUGAACAUGUCUUUUGAACAAGCACAUCCUCAGGUUCUGAUUCCACCCAGGGAUCCAGCAAUCCACAACCCUAACUCCAUGGUCUGCUCAGAUGUGACCAUGAGGGAAGAAGAAGGGCUAGGGCAACAUGUCUUUCCUUUAGAAAACUGGAGUGAAGACAUCCCUGUCUUGUUGCCCCCAACUGAUCAGGACCUGACCAAGCUUCUCCUGGAGGGGCAAUUGGAAGAAGUGCCAGGGCCCCUGCCAAUCCCGUCCCUUAUGUCCACCUCUCACUACGGGCAGCCUGCUUUGACACCUUCUUCCCAUCUAGACCUAAGCACCAAUCCCAGCUGGGGACCCUAGAGGCAAUGGGGGUUCUGGGAGAUCCUUUCUCUUCUUAGCCUUUGAGACUUCCCCAGGUUCUCACCAACCUUUGGAGAUGGAACCUGCUCUGGUCUGGAGUUCUGUCCAUGAUUUCUGCACCUUCCCCAGCCACCCUUCCUAGGACUAUCAUAAUGAGCAGUCCCCUGUCCUUCAGCUGAUAGACCCACCGUCCAUCAGAGUAAAAGGGCUUUGUCAGGAGUCUGCUGAGAGCACUGCAGAUCUUCUCCUACUCUCCCACACUGCCUCUCCUGAAUGGGAAGGGAAGGUUGGUCUACAAACCAAAAGUCCAAACACGCCAGCACAUGCCAGUCUUGGCAGGAGGCACAAGCAUUCCUCAUGAAAAGGUGUAGCAGGUGAGGGUGGGGGAAGGGCACAGGUGUGAGGGCACAGAGAAUGGUCCCUCCUGCAAUUUGUGGACGAAGGAUCCACGUGCAGAAACACAGAGACACGAUCACAUAUUUGCACUGUUGUCUGGGGCUGAAGUGACGAGCUGGAAGGAGCUAGCUCAAGAUAUUCUGGUGAUAUUGAGGUAGGGGAUGGAGAGAAGAGGAAAAGGGGUCUGUUCAGUUGGUUUCUGGUAUGGGUUUCACCCAGAUUUCAAAAAUGAAAGAACACCUUGUAGACAGAGGCUUUGCGUCUACACAAGUAAAAUUAUGUGGAUGACUUUUCAUGUACGAUAGCACAAGAGCAGGCCUGUUUUUGCAUGUUGUAACUUUUUUUUCACAAAUGCAAGAGCUUGUUGUGACUAUAAAAUUAUAAAUGUUUCUUUCUCUUUUUGCA